AUGCAUGUUCCUGCUGGUUUUGCAGUUGGAAAUGGUUUAUCAAGUCGUGAGCUAAACGACAACUCGUUGGUCUACUUUGCUUACUACCAUGGUGUAUUCGGAGAUGAUCUUUGGACCAAUCUGAAUGACUAUUGUUGUAACCAAGGAGUGUGUAAUUUCCACAAUAACACUGAUGCUAACUGUCAACUUGCUUUACAUCAAGUCAACCAUUUUGUAUUUGAUGCUGGAUUGAAUGAAUAUGCUUUAUACAUGGACUGUGCCGGUGGAAUACCUCCACAUUACUACAGAUAUAGAAAUGAUAUGAAGAAUGUCUUCAGUUUCUAUCAUUUUGAACUUCCGAAAUGGAAACCACAUAAGGUGAUGUCAACAUAUAACCUGGCUGAGACUCCUCGAUGUGCUAAUGUAUCUGCUCUCAUCUCCUAUCUAAACCAGGCAUCAGUGAGGAAAUCUUUGCAUGUACCAAGCAAAGUGCAGGCAUGGGAUGUUUGUAGUACUGAAGUCGAAAACGGCUACACGUCAACAUACGAUACAAUGUAUGAUCAAUACAAAGCGUUAUUACAGAAGUAUAAAGGACUGGUAUAUAAUGGUGAUACUGAUAUGGCGUGUAAUUUUCUUGGUAGUCAGUGGUUCGUGGAUUCUUUGAAUCUCAAGGAAACUCAAGAAAGACAAGCCUGGGUUCAUAAGAAACAAGUUGCUGGAUUCUACCAUAAAUACAAGAAUCUCACGUUUGUCACGGUCAAAGGUGCAGGUCACUUAGUUCCUCAGUGGAAACCUGGUCCUGCAUAUCAAAUGAUCACUAAUUUUCUUACUGGAAUAAUUUGAUUAUUAACAGAACUAGCGUUAUAUUAUUGGGUUUUAAGGACAGCAAUUGAAAGAUUCAAUGUGGAUCUGCAUAGUUAUACCACUCAAACCAUGAAUAAAUAAUUCUGCUUUCAGAUGU